AUGGAUUGCAACCUCCCCGAGAGGCUUGUUCAGGAUCUCGAGAUGUCAGAAGCUGUCUUCAUCUCGAAAAGUAUGACCGCGGGCACACCUUGUCCGGCUUUGGCUGCGGACCACCAUGAAUCACUGCCCGUUAGCUUUGGCAAUUCCAUACGCGCAGCGCAGUACCAUCAUAUCUUGACCACCAUACGAUCACUUGGUGAGCUUGAGGAAUGGAACUCCAAACUGGAAGCCGAGGAAGCCAGGGACUACAAUGAAUCGGCUCCGGGUGCGGAUCAGAGCUCGGACUCGACCAGUGAAUCAUCAGCGGGAAUGGAGCCUCCGUGUAUUCGGUUCCAUGAGCCAUCAGUAACGACGGCGCCCACCUCAGUCACCUCCCGUCGUUGUUCUUCUCCGUCACAAGCACCUCAUCUGCCAGAUCACUCACCAAUGGAGAAGAAUCCCGAGAUCACUUGGGUCGACCUCGAACCUGACGACGUUGGCGACGAACUGAGGGCGAGCUUUGAAGUACGAUCCAUGGUUGAAGCGGAACCGCGACCAAAUUCGAGCUUGGGCUUCAAUAACCGCGGCGACAUUAUGGACGACAGACAAGUGCAGGCAAAUUCUGCCGGCAAGGAGGGCAUCAUCAUGCCCUUUCACCUUCCCGUCAGCUACGGACCUACAAAACGGCCACACACUUCGCCGGGCUUGCCAUCGCAGGACAAACCCCGGCUGAUGGAUGCUCAACCGUCAGUCCCCGUACCCAAUAGGAUGUCCUCCCUGCGACAUCGACGCACUUUCCAGGAGCCUGACAGUGGCCAUAGUGGCUCGUCGAAAUCAUCUUCGGGUACCACAGUAGCCGCACCAGGCACCUCGGAUGGCAUGAAAGGGUCUAGCUCGCCAUCAUCCGUGGGACGUGGGACAACCUUCACUUCUGGUAGGACCAUGGUCGAUACCACAGUGGUCCUUGACGAACCCAGAUAUCAGAACCCAUACCAUACGGAAACCGAAAGACUGACACCAAAGCAUGUGGUGGUCACCAUGGGGAACGCAGUCAGGACUGAGAAGGUGCCCGAAACGGCUUCUUGGGUAGAUCGAAGCCCUCCACAGAACCGUUCAGGGGCUUCUCUUGGUCAUGUCCACAACUGGCUCUUCGAGUCCAGCGGCGGAGUCGAACUUCCUCUACUGCCUAACAGACAUGCCGAGCGCUGCAUCCCGGGUGUCCCACUGCCCCCAGAAGUCAUCGAGACCCUCAGAAUAUCAGUAGUCUGCUUCCCCGAGACGAUGCUCCUCUCUUCGAGCCUGACCAUCGAGACGAUUCGCAACUACUCCAGGAAAUUCAGGCAUGAUGACGAUCCUUACGGUCCGGACGAUCAGUCACUCCUCUCGUUCUCUACGUCGACAGGCGAGACUCACAGGCGCUGGAAGUUGUCAAACCUUCUAUCCCCAAGAAGAGCGGCGUCGCCGAAGAUACCCUGGCCCAAGCAAGCGCCCACACACUCCUACGAGUGUCGGGACGCCUCGGGCGGCGCACCCAACUGGUCAUCCCUGAAUAACAUCUUCCCCUCGGGCUCCGACUAUCUCUGCGAUGCUCUAUACGCCCACCUCGUGGCGUACAACUACAUCGACACCCUGUGCAGACCGGGCCCUCCAACGAGCGGGGCCGAACAAGACCAGCCAGGCGGAUCUCCCGGCGCCGCCAGCAAGUCGGCCGACAAUGCGAAACAGGACCUCGCCAGCCCCAUCCCCAAGAAAGCGGCCAGCCUGCUGGGGCUCUCGGGCGGCGGCGGUGGCGGCGUGGUGCGGCCGAGGACUCCGGCCGGCGCGGGCGGCGUCCUCGGCCGCAACAAGAAGACGACGUGGAUCGGGGCUGACGGGUGUCCGAUGGGGUUGCGCCCGCCGCCGGCCGACGACCCUUCGAUGCGAGAACUCCGGACAGGUCUGGGCAAGUGCAUCUCGAGACUGGUCGCCACGCUGAGGCUGACUGAUGGUUCGGAGGCCCCGAAGGUCGAGGCCCCGGCCGAGGUGGAUCCGCUACUUCUACGGGCGCUGUGCGAGGUCGUCAGGUGCUCUGAGGAGGCGAGGUGA